GACGGGAGGCGAGCGGGAGGGGAGCCCCGGCCGGCCGCCCCGGGGAGCUGCGCACGCGAUGCCCGCUCGGCCGGGGGGGUCCCGCGCUGCCACCCACCCUCCCGGCCCCACCGAGGGGCCACCGGGCCGGGACUGAGCCGCCGGCACCCUUGGGUGGCAGAGCAGGGCGAGGCAUGGCCGUGCUGGGGAGCCGUGGCGGCUUGGCACCCCGUGCCCACCUCGGGGGACCCCGCGGCGCUGGGCGCCGGCGGCCGUGGCGGGUGCUGCUCCUGGCCUGGCUCAGCCUGGGCUGCGGCAUCGGCACCGCGCAGGGCUCAGCCCCGGAGGUGCCGGUGCAGGGCCCCGAGUCCCCUGCCCAUGCUCGGCCUCGCCGGCAGCUGGCUCGGGGCACUUGGGGGCCCUGGGGACCCUGGAGCGCCUGCUCCAGCUCCUGCGGGGACGGCGUCGCCUUCCGCGCCCGGAGGUGCCUGCGAUCCGCCGUGGAGGAGCCGUGCACGGGAGACCCGCGGCAGUACCGGCUCUGCCAGCUCCAGGGCUGCCCCGGCGGCUCGGU